GCAUUCACAGAUAUGGGUAAUUUGAAAUGAUUCCUACGAACAAGUAUACAAAAAAAAUCGAAAAAUACGGAAACACAUAAGCCUUUCUUCUACUUUCUGGCGGGAAUAAGAAUUGGUGAAUUGAAGCCUCGAAAGCUGAGGCGCCUGAGGCAGUGAGAGUAAUGGGAUCGGAAGCAGCUCUCCCAGUCCCUGCUUGGGCAUCAAAGCCUUGCAUUAUGGGCAUCGACGAAGCUGGCCGUGGCCCCGUUUUAGGUCCUAUGGUGUAUGGAUGCUUGUACUGUGCUCGUUCCUAUCAGAAGACUCUUUCUACCUUGAACUUUGCGGAUUCGAAGACAUUAAAGGAAGAGAAGAGGGAAGAAUUAUUUGAGGAAUUGAACGCUAAUGAAUCACUUGGAUGGGCUGUGGAUGUCAUAGAUCCUAGGGAUCUUUCAGCUAAAAUGCUCAACAAAAAUAAGAUAAACCUGAAUGAAAUUUCACAUGAUUCUGCAAUUGGCUUGAUCACUAGGGUGCUAAAUGCAGGAGUUCUCCUAACUGAGGUUUAUUUGGAUACAGUGGGAGAUGCGGAGAAGUACAGAAUAAAACUGUCUGAAAGAUUUCCUUCCAUCAAAUUUGUUGUUGCGAAGAAAGCUGAUAGUCUCUAUCCAGUUGUUAGUGGUGCAAGCAUAGUUGCUAAGGUCACUAGAGAUCAAGCUUUGAGAGAAUGGAGGCUUGAGGAAACUGCUCAAGAUAUGCAAAGGAACUUUGGUUCUGGAUACCCUGGGGAUCCUGUAACCAAGGCCUGGUUGGAAGAUCACAAACACUUUGUAUUUGGAUUUCCAUCUUUGGUCCGUUUCAGCUGGACUACAUGCACUUCUUAUUCCAAAGAAAGUGUUGAAGUCUUGUGGGAAUGUGAUAAGAUGGAUGGAGAUGGUUCCAACAGUAGUAGUGGCAAGCGGCAACUAAAAUUAAGCAAUGUCGGUUUCACCUCAUCCAAAAGGAGAAGUGAAGAUAUUGAAUCAAGUGGCAAAGGACGCUGCAAGUUUUUUGAGACUCGCAAACUCGAGCAGCUAACUCAUUUCUAAGUGAAGGUUGCUUGUUUGUUGAAAAAUCUUUGCUUUCCUCCUUUGUAUUUCUUCCUAAAUUUGUGAACAAUCAAUUAUGUCUUCAUUUAAUCUCUUAUUGAUGAAGAACAUAAAGACUGGAAUAUUAGACUGCAUUUUUAACUAGAAGCACAGCAGAAUUGAAAUUUUGACUGGAUGAUAUUAAUAGAACAUAUCCACAUAUUUGAGACA